AGGUUGAGAUCCCCAAGCGGUUAAGAUAAAGUAUGGUGCACAUACCUUCAGAUUUCCCAGAAACCUUAAGAGACAGACCACUGGUUUGCAUAUACAUGACAUCUAAAAAUCUGAGAUCUUGUAAAUAUUGGGAGGAUGAAAGCACAUCUUAAGAUUCUAAUUCUUUUUAGGGUUUGUAGUGUGUUGGUGAAGUCGGGAAAUGUUUUUGAGGGAACAGUGGGACAGACGGUGGUUAUCAGAUGUCCUUUUCCAAAUAAACACAAAUAUACACCAAAAUACUUUUGCCGUCAUCCGUGUAGUUUAUCUAAGCAUGUUUUGCUUAAAACUGAAGAGAUUGAUGAGGUUGUCUCAGCUGAUAGAUAUUCUGUGAUGAGCACAAGCAGUACAAGGAUCUUCACUGUAACCAUCAGACAUCUGACACUCAAAGACUCUGGUUUUUAUUACUGUGGACUUGAUCAAUGGUUUAGAGACACACUGAAGAAAGUACAGCUGAUUGUCCAUCCAGCUCCUGUGACUCCACACAUACACGUAACUCACACAUCAGCUGCUGUAUUGAACUCCACAAACAUCCUUAAUCACACAGUAGUGUCUACAACACACACCUAUACAGAUGAUUCAAGCCCACCACCAACAGUCCAAUUUACUAAUAGUUCUCAAAUGCCAGAUAAAAGCUCUGCAGCCGAAGUGAGUCUGGGUUAUGCAAGUAUUUUGCUGGUGCUCUGUGCUCUUGUGGCUUUGGUUUUACUCUACAAGAGAAGAUUAAUGUCAAAGUCCAGCGCGUUGAAACAUCCCACCCCUGAUAAUGCAGUUUUAGAUACACCAGACCUCAACCAGAAUAUAGAAGACAUCUAUCACCUUUAUGAUGAACUGGGCCAACCUUUAGCAGAUGAUUCAUCUGUAAUCUAUUCAACAGUGCAGAACUGUGAUCCUGCAUCCCAGGAUGAUGUUAACGUUUUGUAUUCACACAUUACUCACAAAUGUAAAAUGAGGAUAAAUAAUUAAAGAACAGUCUACUGCAGAGCAUUUAUGGUAAAUGUGGUCAAAGUGUUGCAUAAAACAAGCUGUACCAUCCUGCAUCCUGCAGGUCAGUGUGUUUCUACAAUAAAGCUCUCUAGAUUUAUGACAUGUAUGUUUCUGUGAAAACCUGGUUUCUAUUUUGAGACGUUAACUGUCAACCCAACUCUCCACCAAGCUUUCACACAACAUAUGCAUAUUGUGUCCCUCACUGCAUAUGAGAUGAGUGUUUUCUUUGGUCAGACUGCAUCAUGGUUUCUUCGUGGUGGCUUAAUGUGGAGAAUAUGUGUCAUUUGUGGGUUGUACACAGUUUGUCUGCUAUAGAUCUUGAAGCAAAUACUAUAAGUAAAAU